AUGAAACAAAUUAAUGAAUUGGUCAACUUCAGUGCCCAGUUUUCGUCUCCAAACCUUUCAUCAGGCCAUCCUGUUGAGUCAAAUUUUAAUCAUCAUCAUCAUGGAAAUUCUUCCUAUGGGCCAACAAACAGCAGAUUGAUUGCUCAUCAUCAUUCAACCUGUGCGAGUAGUAGCAGUAGUAGCAGCGGUAUGAGCACUCACGGAUUGUCCAACAACACUUCCACUGUAAAUAUUCCUCAAAGUUUAUUAGCUCCAAAAAGACAACGAAGAUCAACCGAUCAUUCUAAAAUUGUGGUAAAGCGUUACGGAAAGAACGCCUCCACAUCUAGCAAUAAUGGUGCAGUGAUGGCUCAUUUCAAAUCACUCUCCUACAAACCACAAAAGAGAUUGAGAAAGAAGAAGAAGGCUGACCCAAAGCUUGUAGAUUUUCUCUGGAGACAAAUUGAAUCAGCAGAUAUUCAUGCUGUGUCUGUUUUACAAAACAAUAAUAAUACUGACUCUAGUGAAUCAUCAUCACCAAAUUCUACAUUGACGGAAUGGUGUUGCGAUACGAAUCGAUUUCACUCUUAUCAUCACCACCACACUUGUCCAUUUCAUAGAAAGAAUCCUUCCAAAAAAGAUUCUUUCUCUUUGACUGGCGUUGUUGGAAAUGGAUGCGAAGAAGAUGGAGUGCCUCGAAUUGAAAAGAACCGAGUGGUAAGAACUUCAAUUUCCAUCAGAGAAUUACUCUUGUAA